AUGGCGGCGGCGAUCGUCUGUUCCGGCGUCGGCGGCGGCGUCCUGAUCCCCGCUGCUCCGAUGAGGCUUCUCCCGGCGAAGCGCUCGGUGAGCUUGCGGCGGAGCGGCGUCUCCAAUGGCUCGAGGACUCACUGCAUGCAGGUACUCCGAUCCGAUCCUCCGGUCUUCUCCUCAUCUCCGACCUCUCUCUCUCUCUCUCUCACACACACACACAUACAACACACACACACACACACUAUUUCUUUUCGCCAUUAAUAUCUCCGUCUCGUCUCAGGUCUGGAGCCCCUUGAACAACAAGAAAUUUGAGACGCUGUCCUAUCUGCCGCCUCUGUCGGACGAAUCGAUAGCGAAGGAGAUCGAGUACAUGAUCUCCAAGGGCUGGAUCCCCUGCCUGGAAUUCGACGAGGUAAUAUAUAUGUUCUACGUCGGCAGUUCGAUCUCGAUCGUCGAAUUUAUCCGCUUCGUCCUCUUCGAUCUUGGAUUUCCCGCCAAUUUUCGCAGGAUGUGAAGGGAGAUUCAUCCGUUCAGGAGACUAUCCAUUCGAUCUGAAUCGCCUACCCCGUUCAGAUCUCCGCCCAGAGUUCUUUGGAUCGGAGGGAAAUUUCUAGGUUUCUCAAUCGAAUCUGGUGGUGUUCUUGAAGGUGGGGCACGUGUACAGAACCAACAGCCAGAUCCCCGGCUACUACGACGGGAGGUACUGGACGCUGUGGAAGCUCCCCAUGUUCGGCUGCGCGGACUCUUCACAGGUCCUCGAGGAGAUCCGUCUGUGCAAGGCGGCGUAUCCCAGCGCCUUCGUCCGGCUCCUGGCCUUCGACAACAAGCGCCAGUGCCAGUGCAUCUCCUUCAUCGUCCAGAAGCCCCUGUAA